UUUCAACAUAUAUAUAUAUAUACAUAUGUGCAUGCGAUGCAUACUGACAUAUUAUUGGAUAUCGUGGAUAAAUUAAAGUAUGUGACGUCAGUACUAGUAAUUUCCCUUCUACGAAUACUGAGUAAUUCGUGUCCAGCUGUACUUCACUUGGAAUACACAUACAUAUUUAUAUGUAUAUAUAAAUACAUACGUUCAUAGAUCGUUUUGGCCGUCAUUUAGUCGUGAGUCUUUAUUUCAAUCUUAAUUAACUGGACAAUAACAUCAAAAUUCAUUCAUAAUCAUUGUACAAUAUAAUAAAAUAAUUCAAAAACAACAAACUAGUCUUUUGUAUAUAUUAAUAUCAUAAAAAGGUCUUAUAUUUGUAUCACCUGAAACUAUAUGAACUGGAUAUCGUCUGGUUAUUGAAAAAAAAAAAAAAAAAAAAAAAAAACUUAGUAAUCAGUUGGAAUCAUUGUGAUCAGAUCAGAGCAAGUGUCGUUUUAUCACGGAAGUGGAAAAGAGAGUUUGGAAAGAACGAAUAAUAACGGUAUCGUGGUAAAGAGGGUGACCUUCGGUACUAACAAAAGCUCAUAUAUGCAUUAUCAUUACAGUUGAUUAAUUAUUAUUAUUAUUAUCAUCAUUUAUUUAUAUAUAAUACGUAGUAUAUAACGGCAUUUAAGUGCAUACACUUAUAAACUAAAUAAUAAUAUUCUAAAAUUAUUUUAUUCUGACAAGACGGGUGAACACGUAGUGUAAAGUGCGUCUAUACGUAGAGGUCAUCGGAAGCAUUAACAGAUUUUUUCCAAUUGAGACAAGGACACCUCAUAUUAGAAAUGUCGACUCCAGCAAGACGAAGACUUAUGAGAGAUUUCAAGAGACUUCAAGAGGAUCCACCAACUGGAGUUUCUGGAGCACCAACUGAUAACAAUAUCAUGAUAUGGAAUGCUGUUAUAUUUGGGCCACACGACACACCCUUCGAGGAUGGUACCUUCAAGCUUACUAUUGAGUUCACUGAAGAGUAUCCAAAUAAACCACCGACCGUUAGAUUUGUUAGUAAAAUGUUUCAUCCAAAUGUUUAUGCUGAUGGUGGAAUAUGUUUGGAUAUUUUACAAAAUCGUUGGAGCCCAACCUAUGAUGUUUCGGCUAUCUUAACAUCAAUACAGUCGCUGUUAAGUGAUCCGAACCCGAAUUCACCUGCCAACUCAAUGGCAGCACAACUUUAUAAAGAGAAUCGACGCGAGUACGAGAAACGAGUGAAGGCGUGCGUGGAACAAAGUUUUGUGGAUUAGUUGCUGGCCAAUAUGCUUAUGUUGAGCUACUAUUAUCAACAACCAUCAACAACAUCCUACAUCCAUUGUGAAAGGAGAUGUCCAGCCUUACCAUGGAGUUAACGCUAAUCACUUAGCAUUGUCACUCCUAAAUCCUAAAUUAAUUAAAAAUAAUAAUAUAAAAUAAUUAUUAAAAAUAAUCAAGUAAAUAAGCAUUAACAAUUAAUUUAAACAAAAAAAUAAACCAUUACAAGCCUCUUAAAUUAUAAUAAUGGUAGAAUUUUCGAUUAAUGUCAUGGAAAUGGUUAUUACGAAAUUUGUGUUAUCAUUUAAUCAGUUGUCAAACAAAUAAUACACAACGAGAUGUAUUGAAAAAAAAAAUAGUAAUCAUAAUGGAAGUUGAGAACGAAAUUUAAAAAAUUAGAGAUCAUUUAAUUGUUUUACUAAAAUAACUUCGUUCUAUUGCUUUUAACUUAAUUAACUUAUGGAUAUAUAUAAUUUAGUGUUACUUUGUUCGUAUAAAUUUAAUUUGAGUACUCUAACGUAUAAAAAUUAUUUAAACACUAAGAAAAAAAAUAUAUAUACAACAAAACUACGUAUUAAAAUUCAUAAUAAGAAUAUUAAUAAUUAAAUAAUUAAUAAACCAAAUUUGUGCGAUUAAAUCGUCUUUAUUAGUUAUUUUUUAAUAAACUCCAAGAUUGCUUGUUAAUUUUUUCUGUU